CUGGAGGCGGAGAAAGAGGGAGAGAAGUUGGAGGAGAGAGUGAGAGACAGAUCCGGGGAGACAGUGAGCUGUAGAUUGAGUGGAAGUCGGUGGAGUCACAUAUUAAAUCUCAGGCUUCACUGCUCAUCUGAGGACUGUUACUUGACGUCCAGCUUUGCGUUUUUUUGUGCGUUUUUUUUCCGCCUGUUUUGUCGGUUUAUGUGGCUGCACAUUUUUUGACGUGCAGCCACAGGUUGACCGAUUUAAUCCAGUCACCAUGGAUUAUUCCUCUUCACCUCGAGUCGAUUGUCACUGACGGGGGAUCGAAAUGGGCACCGUCGAGAGAUCAUCGCCGAUGAUAAAGAGAGAAACAAACUGAUCACAUCAAGUGAGCGGAGACGAAGGCAACAUCUGUGGGGAAGCGACGCACAAUUUCGAGAGACGACCGAGGACCUGUGGAGGGACCUAUAUGAAAGGAGGCGAACCGAAAAGAUGAUGGGAUGGCCGUGACAACAUGAAAAAGAAAAAGUGUGGUGGUCUAUUUUCAUCCAGCCAGUGAUUCAACACAACUAACCUGGGGGACAGGGACUGAGAGAGAAGAGGUAGGAGACAGGUGCGUGGCCUCAGCCGUGACCAUGGAGCCUCCCCCCUCUCUGAGCUUGGCUCUGCUAGGAGGGAGCGAGGAUGAGGACCAGCGCUUCCUCCUUCCACUGGGCAGUAUAUCUCAUCCCUCCACCACUGGCAACCAGCCAGGAUCAAACCACUCCAACCACAUGGGAGGAUCAAGCCUCGACCGUCUAAAUGGCAGCACCCCGUCCCCGUCCCCUGCCACGCCCAACUUGCCUCCAGCAUCGCUCCCCAAGUUGCCCCUGUCAUCCUCUGGAGCCCAGCCUAUGCCCCCACCCAUUCCCAACGCCCUGCACCCCACCAGCACCCCGCUCUCCUCCUGCCUGGGCUCACAGCACAGCCUGAGCGGGGACAACUCCCCGGUCUACAACGCCCUCUUUUACUCCUCCCACUCGCCCUCCAUGGAUCGGGAGCGUGACAGGGACAGAGAAAGAGAUAGGGGCUGCAAACACCGUCAGGCCAGCCCUCUGGUCCACCGUAGGGACAGUAACCCCUUCACGGAGAUCGCCAUGAGCUCUUGUAAGUACACAGGUGGGGUCAUGAAACCCCUGAGCCGCCUCAGCGCCUCCCGCAGAAACCUCAUUGAAUCAGACAGCAGCAGUGAAACCAAAGAGGGCGGUGUUUCAGCUGUUGCUGGGGCAACGGCUGCUGGUGGGCAUGACCGACAGCGAGAAGCCCCUCCUACUUAUUUGGUGGCCCAGUCCUCUGCCAAUCAACCCCUAAUUCAGACCCCUCCAGAGAUUGUGAUUUCAUCCAAAGAAGACUCGCCAUACCCCAGAGGAGGGUAUGACAUCACUGACUCCACAUCCAACCAGAUGUCUAUCUACCACCAGAACCACGCGCUGGUGGAGAGCAGGCGGGCGCAGCCGGGGAGGGGCAGCAGGCAAGGAGGGGUCGGGGCAGUGGGCACAGGGGCCAGGGGCAGCACCUCCAAGGCCCCUAAACGGAAGAACCAAAACAUUGGCUAUAAAUUGGGGCAUCGCAGGGCGCUGUUUGAGAAGAGAAAGAGGCUGAGUGACUAUGCUCUCAUCUUCGGGAUGUUUGGCAUCGUCGUCAUGGUGAUUGAGACGGAGCUGUCGUGGGGCGUGUACAACAAGAGCUCCAUGUAUUCAUUGGCCCUGAAGUGUCUGAUCAGUCUGUCUACAGUCAUCCUGCUGGGCCUCAUCAUAGCCUACCAUGCACGGGAAGUUCAGCUGUUUGUCAUCGACAACGGAGCUGACGACUGGCGCAUCGCCAUGACGAUGGAGAGGGUUCUGCUGAUCGCUCUGGAGCUGCUGGUGUCCGCGGUGCAUCCAGUGCCCGGGGACUUUAAGUUUCAGUGGCGGGCGCGGCUGGCCUUCUCGUAUGCGCCGUCACAGGCCGAGGCUGACCUGGACAUGGUGCUGAGCGUGCCCAUGUUCCUGCGCCUCUACCUCAUCGCCAGAGUCAUGCUUUUGCACAGCAAACUCUUCACCGACGCCUCCUCCAGGAGUAUAGGUGCCCUAAAUAAGGUGCAUUUUAACACACGGUUUGUAAUGAAAACCCUCAUGACUAUCUGCCCCGGGACGGUGCUGCUGGUCUUCAGCAUCUCUCUGUGGAUCAUCGCUGCCUGGACCGUACGAGUGUGCGAGAGGUAUCAUGAUGCCCAGGAUGUGACCAGUAACUUCCUGGGAGCCAUGUGGCUUAUCUCCAUCACUUUCUUGUCCAUCGGCUAUGGAGACAUGGUUCCUCAUACCUACUGUGGCAAAGGAGUCUGUCUGCUUACAGGAAUCAUGGGUGCAGGCUGUACGGCUCUGGUGGUUGCCGUGGUAGCCAGGAAGCUGGAGCUGACCAAGGCCGAGAAACACGUACACAACUUUAUGAUGGACACGCAACUCACCAAGAGGAUAAAGAACGCAGCGGCCAACGUGCUAAGAGAAACCUGGCUCAUCUACAAACACACCAAGCUGACGAAGAAGAUUGACCACUCCAGGGUCCGCAAACACCAGCGGAAGUUCCUCCAGGCUAUACAUCAAUUACGCAGUGUGAAAAUGGAGCAGAGGAAACUCAGUGAUCAGGCCAACACACUAGUGGACCUCUCAAAGAUGCAGAGUGUCAUGUAUGAGCUCAUGUCGGAGCUCAACGACCGCAGUGAGGACUUGGAGCGUCAGAUGCUGUCCCUGGAGCAGCGGGUGGAGCAACUCACUGCCGGUUUCAACACCCUGCCUGCCCAUCUCUCUGCCACCCUCAGCGCCCAGCAUGCCGCCCUGGUCCACUUGCUUCGAGAGAGGGAUUCGAGGGACGGUAGAGGAGGUGGUGGAGGAGGUGCUGUGGUCCCACUGUCUCCAGUUUCUACCUUAACCACAGCUCCAGCUUCAAUUUCUCCAGUCCAGGUCACGUCUCCAGCGCCGCCUCCGUCCCAGGUUCCUACUUUGGCCUUGGAGUCCCCUCUGUCGCCCCCACCACUGAGCCCAGAGGAGAGCCAGGAGGCUAGCCCCAACCUCAACACCUGCACUUCUAGCUGCUGAAGACAGCUCUAAGGACCAGGAGAGGACAAAUAUGGAGAGAAAACAGGGAGAGAGUGUGGGUGGGGGGUGCGGGGUGGGGGUCUUCUCACUUCAGACUAAAGGAGAGGAACAAGGAGGGAGGAGGUGAUCCUCUGAAACUAAUGCUACGAGAGAGGGAUGAAGACGGGAGGAGAAAUAAUAGGAUUAAGAUGGAGGGCCAAUAUGAAUGAUGAGACGUGUUAGGGACUUUGGUGCGGUUUCCUUGAUGAAGGAAGGAGAAGAAAAAUGGAGAUAAAAUGGAGACUCUAAAAGGUGUGAGGGGGAGGAAGAAUGUCAAGAGGGUGAGAAAUGGAGGUAGAGAGGAGGAGGAGGAGGGAGAAGGAGAGAGGAGGAGAAAUCACUAGGAAUAAUUAUAUGAACUCAGAGCUCCUAAAUGGAAUCCACUCCAAUUACUAAAAAAGGCCUUUUAUUCUAUCUCUCUCUCUCUCUCUCUCUCGCGCGCGCUCUCUCUCUCUCUCUCUCUUUCCUCCCCCCUCUCCCAAUCUCUCUCUCCCUUCAUCAGGAAUUAAUGACCAUGACUUUUUAUCCUUAUGAUGUAUUUUCUAUCUGAAUGCUAAUUGUGUGUUAACGAGCAUCCCUUUAACAGAAGGUUCGAUCAAUACGACCACGAUUAAAAAAAAAAAAAAAAAAAAAAACUAGUGGCAUGCACUGCACACACACACACACACACACACACACACACACACACACACACACACACACACACACACACACACCAGCCACGCAAUACAAGUUAACACAGCACAAACAUAAAUACACAAUCUUUCACAAUGCAGGCCCUAUUUACACUCACAGAAAGAAAUUAAUUCAGUAGCCCACAAGAUAAUAUUAUAGCCUAUACUGCCAAGCACUCAAUGCACUGUCAAUCUCCACAGAGCACUGCCAAGCAAUGUAGACACACUGUAAAAAAUGUUCAUCACUUUUGUGGGUGCGAGUUAAUGCAGUAGUUUAGACUUACAAUGCAUAGUUGUGACAUUUUAAAUACUCAGUCGGGAGAAUCGUAAAUGUUCACUGAACUACACAAACUACAGAUGAAGCUGUUGUCAAUCACUAAGGGACGUAAGUCAUCAUAACGUCCGUUUGUGACGAGGAAGACAGUAGCAGAUAAUAAAAUAACCUAACACAACUACAGCGGGACUUUAUUUCUGCAUUUAUUAAAUUACAAGUUAAGUUGAACUGAUGUUUAAGUGUAUUUGUAGGUUUGCUGUACUGAUUUCUCUGGACAGUUUUAUUAUAAAAAAAAGAACCUCUUAAAAUUGACAAUUUAUAGUUGUACGUGCAUUAAUACUGGGAUGGUUUUAGGAUGAAAGAACAGAUCGCAACAUAAACAUUUAUUUAUUAAUCAGGCAUUUCAAUCGGGUUAAUUGAUUUUGAAGAAGAUGUCGCAACUGUUUUUGAAACUCUACAAGACAGAGCCUAGCACAAACUUGAUGCUCCACAUUUGGUUGAGUGUUCUCAUUUCAUGUUAUUAAAUUUACUGGAGUCUAUCUAACCAGAGGUCUGCACUUAAAUUAAGUCAAAAACGUUACCCACCAAUAAUAAAUGAUCUGCUUAUUCUUUUACUGAGACGUGGCUGAAGUCAGUGGAGUCAAAUUGACUUGGAUGUUGUAGUUAUUUAUUGUUUUGUUUUCAUUAAAAAAAUAUACUUAAAAUAGCAUUUUUACAUUAGUACUUUAAUUGACUGAUUAAUUUAAAAAAAAAAUCCAAUAAUUAUUUAGCUGUGUGAUUAUAAGUUGAUGUGAUUAAUAUUUUUUCACAGUGUAUGGUUGUGUCUACGACCCUUCAUAAUGGGAAGAAGACCUUACUUACUGCCAUUCUUCUUCAAGCUUGCAGUCCCAAAACAACGUACUGUUAUCAUGAAUGUAUUCUGUGUAAAGAAAUACACUCAAACACUCUCUCUUGCUUGCUCGAUCACUUAAACUGCCAUGCAGACACAGGAACAGACACCAACACGCACUUACACACAGAUACACACACCUCGACAACCAAAGUGCUCUCUCUUAAAUGGACUUCAAUAAGAGGCAGGGAACGCUGCUGUCACCGGGGACAAAAGAUAGCAGGAGGCGUUGCAGAUAUCUUGACAAUAUUUCUGAGGGAAUAACUGUGAAAAUCUGGGCAUGGACUUGUUACAGUGCUGUACAUGGACUGCUCUUCACUGCUUUAAAACAGAUCAUGGUGGACUACGGAUGAACACAAGGGAACACAAAUAAACCUUAUAAAGGAUAAAUGGCCAUGAAGGAGCAGCUGUUUAUGAAAUAAAUAAAACAUAGAAAGCGAGACUUAAGGUAUAUCUGAGAGGAUUUAUAAUGGUGAUGGGAAAAGAGACAAGCCUACCCUUGCAUUGGAGACAAUAUGAAAACUGUCUUAUAGCGACACGCUGUGGCCGGAAUACUGAAUUACAUACGCUUGGAAUAUUGUAUAGUAUGCUGUUAACGAAAUCUAGCUUUGUAUUGCUUAGUCUUUUCUACCAUUAUGAUUAAACGCAGUUAUAGCUGAUAUCUAAUAUUACUAAACUAUAGUAUUCUUCUCAUUCGUCAUGACAAUUAUGAUAUAUGUAUUAACAAUACGUUAAAUAAUUAUGAACAAGGAAAGUGCCGUUUGAGGUUGAAAUUAUUUUGUAAUUUUAUUUUAUCAGAGAGAAUUAAUAAAGUAUAUAUCUCUAACAUUAUAGCUUCCAUGUUUUUCUGUGUCGCUGUUUUCAUUUGAUUUUUGUUUUAUUUGUUUUAUUUUUUAUUUUUGGUGUGACGGGGCUCACAGUUUAGAUAUCCUUCAUUCAGUGGAAUCAAUUUCCCCCUAAUGCGACACAACAAUAAGCAAAAUGUGUUUCAUUUUGUGCGUCUCACACCGAACAAUUAAUGAACAUUUGGACAUUACAUAAUGUAACAAACUAAUUUUAGAGUUGCUACAGGCUAUUUGGUUAUUUUGUCCGUCAAUGAUGGGCCUAUUUUCAUAUCUCUCUCACUGUAAAAUGAUUAUCUCUCUGUUACUGUGGCCAAUAUCAUUUAUAAUUUGUGACGAAACGCUGAAGAGAGCCACCAUUUUUCCUCGAUGUGAUGGAUAUUUACGUUUUUGGGUUGUCAUGGUUUCAAUAGUUGCCAGGUUACCUGGACACCCUGUUGCUAAGUUACCGACGUUAGCAGCAUCUUUGACGUUAGCUACCCUACCUGUAGCUAAUAUUCAAGUGAGUCGGUUGUCUUUCUUAAAAAUAAGAUUUAAAUGAGAUAAUUGUUUUUUUAAUCUUGUGUGUAAUUUUACCUGUUAAAUGUUGGGGGUUUAAAGGUAGCUAGGUUACGAAUUUAGGCUAACUCUUAUAGUUUUGCUGGAAAACUUGAUAACCCGUUAGAAAACUACAACAAGGUAACCCUGAACCAAACUCUUUUGCUUCUUUGAGCAUGAACAUUAAUCAACAAAUGGAAGUUGGGAUUAAUGACUUUUGAAUGUGUGUGUAAACCUAGUUUUAGUCAAAGUAAUGGAAAAAAUUAAAAAAAGCUGCACUUGC